AAUUCAAAUUUUCGGAAUCUCCCAAAUACACGUCUCUACACGCCCUCCUUCAUAAGUGCAGUAUCAGUCUGACCAUCUCUCUUUUCUAUCUGAAGAGAUCUAUACAGUCAUAGUUCUCUACAUCUGACUUUGACGAACUCAAUGACUUCUCUUCUUUGCGUGCGGUCGCAGCUGCUUCGGCUCCGAUGUCAGCCGAGACCAUCAAUGCUCUUACAUUCACGGCUAUUCUCAACAUCCCACUUCCUACGAAACCAGCAGACUCAAGAACAACAGCAAAAGCUGCAACAAGAGCUCGAACAGCAGAAGCUGGCGCAUCCCGAACUGAACCCCGCGUUUCUCAAAAAACUCAUAGAAAAAGGUCUCACCGUCGAAGACCUGGUUGACCGUGAAAACGCUCGGAAUCGGCAAAAGAACCGCACCGCCCUCUUCUACACCCUCUCCAUCAUCAUCGCCACGCUCGCGCUCUCCUACGCUUCCGUCCCGUUCUACCGAUUACUGUGUCAAAAGACCGGAUGGGAAGGCACGCCGAUGACAGACCUGUCCCGGUUCACGCCGGACAAGGUCGUGCCGGUCAAGACGAACCGGAAGAUUACAAUCUCGUUCGAGUCUGACGUGUCGAGAUCGCUGCCGUGGUCGUUUGUGCCGCUGCAGAACUCGGUGUCGGUCACGCCGGGGGAGACCGCGCUGGCGUUUUUCAAGGCGAAGAAUAAGUCGGCCGAGGAUAUCAUCGGUGUCGCUACUUACAAUGUCAAUCCGCAGCAGGUUGCGCCAUACUUUAGCAAAAUCCAAUGUUUCUGCUUCGAGCAGCAACAACUACGAGCGGGUGAAGAGGUCGAUAUGCCGAUCUUUUUCUUUAUCGACCCCGACUAUGACUCUGAUCCGUUGAUGAAGAACAUCGAUCACGUCGUCCUCAGUUACACAUUCUUCCGCGCGAGACCAAACAACUAUGGAAUUCUCACUCCGGUCGUCGCCAGCCCUGAAUUCUCGGCCCCAAUCAAUGUCAGCGCGAACACGAGCUCCACAUCCUCAGCAUAGCUGUACUCAAUGUUCAUCUUGAUGUAAAUAGUUAAUCAUA